AUGAACGUCUCUUUCUUCGACGUGACCCAGGGCGCAUUGUUUAACGGGAGUCAGACUCUAGCCGGGACUCUGGCAACGUACACCGGCAAUGGCACCGACAACGUGGUGACCGGUGACGGUGGCGGCUCUCUGGUGCUGCUGCAGGACGAGCGCAAACUCUUCGUCAUGCGUGUGGUGCAAAUCGCGGUGUUGUGUGUGUUGUCGCUCACCGUGGUGUUCGGUAUAUUUUUCCUCGGGUGCAACCUGAUGAUCAAGUCGGAGAGCAUGAUUAACUUCCUGGUGAAAGACCGGCGACCCUCCAAAGACGUGGAGACGGUCAUGAUCGGGCUCAGCUAA